GUUGUUGAGUAUGCGCAGACGAGGUUGGCAGAAAUCGAUGAGACUACCACAGAAGAAGAUAUUGUGAAUUGUGUCGGUUAUAGGGCAGACGUUAACGACAUUAGUUUCGUCGUCUGCACGUGGAAUGGAUGCAACAAGUAUUUCACUAAAAUGGAAAAAUUCACACAACAUCGUAGACGUGAUCACGACACAGAGGAAGUUACAAAGGAUAUCUGGAUAUUCGGUAAUGUAAAUAAAGGAGGAGAAACAUCAACUAAUACGAUAUCUUCCAAAGCAACAGAAUCCGAAAGUUCAACGUCCAUACAAAAGACGACGACAUCGCCAGUCAAGGUCUCAGCACCAUUACCUAUUAAUCCUUCUUCGCCUUUAAUGAGAGUAGAUGGAACAUCGACUCUAACGCCGACAACCACCACCAUAGGAUUAUCUAAUAAACCACGGAGACCAAUAAAAGAUCAACUUGAUUUGCCAAAUCCGAUGGACAAUUCAUUACCAGCAAAGCGAAGUCGUGAUUCGAGCGCCUUAGAAAAAGAGAUUAUCAGUAAGAGAAGGGAAACACAGGCUUCACCGCAAUUUCCUGGUGGACACAGUAACAAUGGAAACGGAAAUAAUGAUAUUCGCCAAGUGCAACGACCGCCAAGAAGAUUUACGAUGGAAGAAGAACAAAUAGUUGGACCUGAUGCACGAAUAAGAUAUCCAAGAGGAAAUCGUGGACCGAAUGCAAAUCCAAUGUAUGGGUUGCCUUAUGACACUGGCGAUCCUCGAUACUACAACGCCAUGCAAAUGCACCCUAUGAACUUCGUUUAUAGUGAAAUGCCACCACCACCGCCUCCACGUUAUGACGGAAGUUAUGGCGAUAUGCCCUAUGGACAGUUUUAUGGUAAUGGAAAUCGUAGGUUUUUGAACAGUCCACCACCACCGCCACCUCCAACGCGACGUUCGAGAUAA